UAGAAAUUUAUAGUAAAAUUCAACUCUGAUUUCUUUAUUUCUAGUGUAUUAUGUGAUGAGUCAUUCGAUAUCUUAUCUUGCAUUGAAUUUAUUAAAGUGUACCAGAAACAUUCACUUAGGAACACGAACUUUUACUAAUAUUAAUGUAACAAUGGAACCAAAUCCUCAAGCACUGCUCCUGUCGUCUUCAAAUUGUUUUGGAUUUAAUUUAUUGGAAUUCGCUAAAAAAGAUAUUAGUGAAGUUUUAGAAAAGAAUGCCAUAAGUGAGAUUAUAUUUAUUCCCUAUGCUCAGAAUGAUUACGAAAAAUAUACAAAAACUAUACAGUCCGCCAUGGUUCCUUGGGGCUUCACUGUGAAAGGUAUUCAAGAAUUUCCUGAUCCUAAUACUGCUAUCAAUUCUGCUAAAGCAAUCUUUAUCGGUGGUGGAAACACAUUUCUUCUUUUGAAGAGGCUAUACGAAAAUAAUUUAGUUGAACAAAUUCGGAAAAGAGUAAUGUAUGAAAACUUAAUUUAUAUUGGAAGCAGUGCAGGAACCAAUGUAGCAACAAAAAGUAUACACACUACCAAUGAUAUGCCUAUAGUCUAUCCGCCUACAUUUGAUGCCAUAUCAUUAAUACCAUUCAAUAUAAACCCUCAUUAUAUUGAAAAACCAGAUUUAGACAAACAUAGAGGAGAAACGAGGGAUCAAAGAAUAGGAGAAUUUUUACAGAUGCCUCAUGCUAAUUAUGUUCUUGGUUUAAAGGAAGGCUCUAUUUUACAUGUCAAUAAAAAUUUGUUAAUCAUAAAAGGUGUUGCUGGAGCUGUAUUAUUCAAAAAGGGACAAGACAAAUGUGAAAUACCUGUUGGAGAAGAUGUCUCCUACUUAUUACAUGAAUGAAUUCCUAAUUGGACGACCCAGUUAUAUCAACUUAUUCAAAAAAUGAAGGAGCUGGAUUGAAACCCGAAAAAUAAUAUAAUAAAAUAUGUAUAUUUUU